AUGGUUGCCAAGAAGAGAAGUACCCUGAGGGGGAAGGCAUCUGCGAGAUUGGGACACAAAACGGUCGAAGAGAGUGUCCCGGAAGUACCGCUAGAACUGCCAGAGGAUCCGAAGGCAUUCUUGCACCAGCGCAAGGAGACCAAGAAGGACAAGUUACUGACGAAACAAACCGCUUUCCUGUCUCAGAUCAAAAACAGUAGUGCAAAUGAAUUUGGCGGGAUAUCGAAGUCUGCAGUGAGGCGGAGAAAGAGGAAGGAGAGAGACGAUUUGAAACCCAAAAUGCAGGAUCUACUAACUUCGCUGGAACAAGAGGGUGAUUUGAAGGAGUUUACAGAAAAUGCUGAAGGUGACAGUACCGCUAUGGAAGUUAAACGCCAGACUUUUAGACUCGUUGAAAGGGAUCUUGAACCUGGUACAGUUAAAAUAAAGAAGAACGAGCCCAAUAUCAGGAACAAAAGAGGUGCUAAAAUACUAUCGAUAAAGGAAACGGAACGAUUUUCUCAAGUUUUACAAAAUGAGCAGUUCAAAAAGAACUCGUUCAGUGCAUUGAGAGAUAUAAUCAAAAUGCAAAAGAGAUAG